AAGAAGUCCUUCUGUCGUUAGGAAAAUAAAUAAGCGAUCAGCUACUGUGUUGUAGCUGCGCGCAUGCGCAAAUUGAGCCCCGGAGCCGCAGGAAAGCAGCGCUGCGGUCCAACACAGGAAACAGGGAGCCACCAAUACAAGUGGCAAAGUAAACAUGGACACUCAAUCCAAAGAAGCUGACGGCACAAGUACUGACCCGUCGCCCUCCCCUGCCGGCGAGACCAUCCUCAUCUGCGACAAUGUCGCCAAGAAAGCACGAGCCAUGCCCCACGCCACCACCACCACAGCUCUCCUCUUGCCAGCUCCUCCUGGUCACCAGAAAGUGGAACUCACUCAAGCCCUCGCUGUGGCAAACCCAGGUAAAGGCAGCAGACCAAAUGAGAUAGCUGCUCCCACCCUGACAGCACAGGUUGGGGGGGCUUGUAGCAUCGUCCAUGUCCUCGAGUGGAAGGAGGGGAUGGCCAUUCUGCCCAGUAGCAACCUCAAGUUCUGUGUGAGUGAUGUAGGCACGCUGAGCACGCUGAUAACCCCAGGGACCACCAGCGGCCCCACUGACCCAGCAGCGGGGACUGCUGGACGAUCCAUCGAGGCAGAAAGCCCUCCGGACAAACCAGCCCCAGAAGUGUCUGUCCCUGUCGGUACCGUGAGAGCCGCUGCCGCUGUGGAGCCAGAGAGGCUGGUUCCUGUCAAACCCGAGGCCCAGGUGGGGCCGGAGCAACAGAACCACGAUCCAAGAGCACAAAGGAGCUACGCGGAGGAGCUCCGCAGGGACCCUGUCUCGGACAAGAGAAGUGUCAGCGUGGAGAAGGUGCCUGCAGGCGGGAGGGUCUCCUCUCUGAACCCAGACCACCUGAAACCCAUGAGGAAGAGGAAGAGGAAGGAGUACUUGAGUCCGUCCGAGGAAGACUCUGACAUGGAGGGAACGGAUGAGAAGAUGGAUUAUUCUAAAGCAGAUGGUCGACUCAUCAGAGGAGGUGGAGACUGUAAAACUGAACAAUGGACCUGGACUCAGUAUCUGGAGGAAACCAAAUCUGUUGCUGCUCCCAACAAGCUCUUCCAUGAGGCGCAGAGCGUCCCCACUGUGAAGAACGGCUUCAAGCAGGGAAUGAAGCUGGAAGGCAUCGACCCACAGCAUCCUUCCAUGUACUUCGUCCUGACCGUGGCUGAGGUGUGCGGUUACCGGCUGCGGCUCCAUUUUGACGGUUACUCUGACUGCCACGACUUCUGGGUGAACGCCAACUCUCCCGACAUCCACCCGGCAGGCUGGUGCGAGAGCACGGGAGAGCACAAGCUGCACACUCCAAAAGGUUGUAAGGAGGAGGAGUUCACGUGGACCAACUAUCUGAGGAUGACUAAAGCUCAAGUUGCGCCCAAAGAACUUUUUGCCAGUCCUGGGAGGACGGAUGUAAAGUGUGGUUUUGAGACAGGAAUGAAGCUGGAAGCCGUCGACCGGAUGAAUCCCUCGCUCAUCUGCGUGGCAACCGUCACAGACGUGGUCGACGACCGUUUUCUGGUUCAUUUUGACAACUGGGAUGACACGUACGACUACUGGUGUGAUGCCAGCAGCCCGUACAUCCAUCCUGUUGGUUGGUGCCAGGAGAGGAACCUUCCACUAACGCCGCCCCAAGUGUUUUCUGCUGCACCAGAUUAUCCCGAUCCCGGACAGUUUUCCUGGUCUCGGUACCUGGAGGAGACCGGCUCCAAGGCUGUGGCUGCCGACGCCUUUAGAGUGAGGCCGCCUCACAGCUUCCAGCCUCAGAUGAAACUGGAGGCCGUGGACAAGAGAAGUCCUGGUCUGAUCAGAGUGGCGACAGUGGAAGAAGUGGAGACUCAUCGCAUUAAGGUGCAUUAUGAUGGUUGGAGUCACAUCUAUGACGAGUGGAUGGACUCAGAUCACCCAGACAUCCACCCAGCAGGGUGGUGCGAAGCGACUGGCCACCCUCUGAAAGUUCCUCCUCGGGACGCUAAAAGUCAGCAGCCGCAUGGUGUGAGAGAGCCUCCUGCUAUGGGUCAGAACACCUACCCCACCACGGUCCCUUGCAAACCCAUCAGCCACCCCAGAACCAACAAGUAUAGUUUCCACAACAGGAAGUGCCCAACCCCGGGUUGUGAUGGUUCAGGUCAUGUGACCGGUCGGUUCACGGCCCAUCACUGCAUAUCCGGCUGCCCGUUGGCCGAGCGCAACCAGGGAAGGCUGAAGGCCGACCUGUCGGACUCCGAGUGCAAGAGAAACCUCUUCAUCAGCCAGAGGACUAAGAAAACUCAUUACCGUGGCAGGAUUGGCCGUCCGCCCAAAUACAGAAAGAACCAACAGAGGGACUACCAGAACAUGUCCGCAGAGGGAGUGUACCCGUCCCUGUUCAUGUCGGCUCUGACCGGUCAGUCCGACCGGACUCUGUCUCUCUGCUGGGAGCAGCACUGUAAGCUGCUCCCGGGCGUUCAGGGCAUCCAUGCCAGCCAGGUGGCAGCAUGGAGUGUCGAUGAGGUCUUCAGGUUCGUCCAGAAUUUGAUUGGCUGUGAAGAACAGGCUCGUCUCUUCAAAGAGGAGAUGAUUGACGGGGAAGCUUUGCUGCUGCUCACCCAGACCGACAUCGUGAAGAUAAUGAGCAUCAAGCUGGGGCCAGCCCUCAAGAUCUCCAACGCCAUCCUCAUGUUCAAAACCACAGACGAGGGGCUCAAGUGAUAUCACCUUCGCUCACCGGAGCGAGGCGUCGAUCAUCGUGUGCCAAAUCCAUUCUGUAGCAGGGUCAGAAAGGAACCCUGAAUACGUUUUUCCAUGUGUUUGGUGUCUUGUGCCCAUCAGAGAGAGGGAUGGGAAAAAGGGGGAGACUGGAGUAGAUCGGAUAGAAACAAAGCUGAGAAGGUUGGAUAAAUGGAGAUCAUUUGUACAGCUGAUGGAGGAAUCCUGAGAUGUUUAAAAAAAAAUGGUUGAAAAAGGUCGUUUUGCUACGUUUCUUUGGUCGGUUGUUGCCAAACACUAAGACAUCUGCGUCACAGAGUUGUCGUCUGUAACGUGUUUGACUAAAACCUGAAGUCCGCACAGUUGUUCAAGCUGAACCUCAGUUUUGGCUAUGAAUGGAAAAAAAAAAAAAAGCUGAAGUGUUUUGAUGGCAGUAUUGUUAAGCCAGCACUAGAAAAAACAGUGACUUCCUGUACGAGAGAUCAAAUUCGACACAAUAGCUGGGUUUAGCAGAGAGUAUUGUAAUCGAAACGUUUACGUGGAAUCCAGAUUUGAACAGAGGCGAGAAAAAGGGGGCGCGAUUUAAAAUAAAAUACAACAACCCAGAUAAAACACCUGAAUUGUUACACUUGUAUAAAAAUGAAAUAUAAAUGUAUAUAAGUGAAAGGGAAGGGAGAAGUGGACAGUCUAAAACGUGGGUAGAAAAAGUAAGAAGGAGGUGUUAAUUGCAGUAAAUGAGGCCGGAUAGUGAGGACUCUGCGAGCUUCACAUUUUGUGCAAUAAUAAAUUCAAAGGGGUCUGCUUAGAAACAGAUGCCUAGCUGUUGCUUGGUAACAGUAUAAAAAUAAGUAAACGCAUACAAAUAAGCUACUUUAGUCAGUCUGUUUCAUGCACAGAAAAACUCAAGUAUUACUUGUAAUCAGAAGUUCAAGUUGUUUGUACUUAAAUGUCUCCAUUGAGAGUUAGAAAACAGCACAGGCUUUGACUUGUUGUCUCUACUUGGAAAAAAACAACAAUCUGAACCUAUUUUUUUCCUAAUGGAAAAACGAAAAACAAAUCCGCGUUUGAGCACAAUUGCAAAAUCUGGACGGUAUAAUAGCACCACAAGCCGUCACUAGAGAGUGCAAAAAUCCACAUUUAGCACUAUAAACAUAUGUUUGGUUUACUUGUGGUUGGCACUCCGUUUAGAGUGCGCAUAUGUUUACAUUUUGUGUCAGAGAUUGGCUGAAACACUGUAUGAGGUUGAAAUUGUGUGAAAAGAGUUUUAUGUUUUAAGGGCUUUCGGAAUAUCUGUUUGUCUCUCUGGUGGGAUUUCUUUGUGUAUGUGUGUGCGUGAGCGUGGGGGGGGCGUGUGUGUGUGUAUGUGUGUGUGGGAGCAAAUGAAGAUAAUCUUGAGUCACAGACGCCAUUCAAUACAUACAAAAUAAUAAACAUCCAACCCUA